AUGAAUAAAAUAUUAUUAUUUAUAUGCGUUAUAUUUUCUUAUAUUAAUUUCACAUACAGUGCUAUAUAUCAAUGUGAUCCAAGUAUUUCAUGUGGUUGUUCAGCAGUAAUCACUAAUGUUACAUCACGGAUUGUCGGUGGAGAAACAGCAGCUGUUCAUACAUGGGGUUGGAUUAUUUCUCUUCAAAAUUCAGGCAAUCAUACAUGUGGUGCCAGUCUUUUAACAUCUGAAUAUGCUGUAACAGCAGCCAGUUGUGUACAAGAUUAUGUGCAAGAUACGUCUGUAUUAACAAUUCUUGCUGGUACUAACGAUUUAGAUGAUACAUCCACUACAACUAUUCAACAAAGAUCAAUCAUUUCUAUUAUUACGCAUCCCGAUUAUGAUUCAACCACUAUGAUAAAUGAUAUUGCUAUUCUUAAAUUUUCUCCACUUGAUAAAUCAUCAAAUUCUACAAUAGCUUUUAUUUGUUUACCACAAGACGGGAUAGAUCCAUUUCAAAAUGAUACUGCUCUUGUAGCCAUUGGAUGGGGUAAGACAUCGAAAAAUGAUACUGUUCCAUCUGAUUCUCUUCAACAAGUAACAAUUCAAACAUUAUCAUCAACAUCAACUGAAUGUCAACAAGCCGGUUUAGUCAAUCCAUCUGUGCAAUUUUGUGCGGGAGUUAUUGGUGGUGGUAAAGAUACAUGUAUUGGUGAUAAUGGUGGUCCAUUAAUGGUUUUUGUUAAUAAUAGUUGGGUAUUAGUAGGAAUAACAGAAAGCCUUUUAGGAUGUGGUGAUGCAGGAUUAUCUGGAUUAUAUACACGAGUGUCCUAUUUCAUUUCUUUCAUUAACUCAAGCAUUAAUAGUCUAGAGACAGAAACAACAUCGGGUUCAACAGAUGAUUCGACAUCGGGUUCAACAGAUAAUACACCAUCGGGUUCAACAGAUGAUUCGACAUCGGGUUCAACAGAUAAUACACCAUCGAGUUCAACAGAUAAUACACCAUCGGGUUCAACAGAGAGCACACCAUCGGGUUCAACCGAGAGCACACCAUCGGGUUCAACCGAGAGCACACCAUCGGGUUCAACAGAGAGCCCACCAUCGGGUUCAACAGAGAGCACACCAUCGGGUUCAACAGAAGGCGCAACAUCAGCUUCAACAAUGGCAACAACAGUAGUAACAACAACGGUUUCAUUAGCUACAUCGACAAGUCAACAGACAACUAGCCCAGGAAAUAAUGGAAAUAUGAUAAAUACAUCAAUAACAUUUCUGAUACUUUGAAAUUUAGUUAAUAAAUUAGAAACUAAUUACAAAGUUAUCUGUCCGCGAACACCUGUUAUUAUUAUUGAACAUUUAUUAUAUGAUGCCCAUCUAUUUAAUGUUCAACAUCCUCAUCUGGUUAAUAAAACAUCAUCAUCAUCAUCAAAUUCUAAUACUCCUAUGUCAGAACAUAUAAAACGUCCAAUGAAUGCUUUUAUGGUAUGGUCUCGUGGACAACGUCGUAAAAUGGCUCAAGAAAAUCCUAAAAUGCAUAAUAGUGAAAUAAGUCGUCGUUUAGGUAUUGAUUGGAAAUUAUUAAACGAUGAACAAAAACGACCAUUUAUUGACGAAGCUAAACGUUUACGUGCAUUACAUAUGAAAGAACAUCCAGAUUAUAAAUAUCGUCCUCGUCGUAAACCGAAAUCUUUAAUAAAAAAAGAUCGUUUUCCAUUUCCAUUUCCAACAUUUCCUCAUCCUCAAUCUCAUCAUCAUCAUCAUCAUCACCAUUCUCUAACGACGAAAGAUUCAAUGGAUUUAUCAACACAUUCAACAACUGAUACAAUAUCUAUACAACAACAAAUUAAUGACUCAUUCGCAUUGAAUCUUGAAAAAUGUCGUUCAUUAUUACCACCACCACCACCACCAACAUCUCUUUAUCCAUAUUCAACUGGAAAAUUAAGUGAAUUUUCAACAGCAGCACUUGCUUAUAAUCCACUUGCAUAUGCUGCAGCUUUUUCAACACAUUAUCCUUAUAGUAGUAUGUUAUCAGCUAGUUUAGCUGCAGCUGCUGCAGCAACAUCAUCAUCAUCACCACCGAGUGUAUCAUCACCAUCAUCAUCAUCAGCAUCAUCAAAUAAUUCAGCAAAUCCUUAUCAUUUUGGUAUGCAAACAGAAAAAAUUCAUCGACCACAAGCUAUUUUACCUGGUAAAAUACAAUAA